CUCUUCAUCCACUCCAACGGGUCGCGACAGCAGAAUAACGACUGCGCCCUGCAUUCAACAUCGUUAUCGGGUUUAUGAGCAUGGUGAACCAUUUCCUUGAUGGAUGAAUAUCUCUAACCCUGUCCGCUUAGGCCCCUUUUUCACAGCCACUAUGCACGCAGCAUAGCUCUGAAGCCAGAUAUUUGCAUCCUCUCAUCAAAGCCAGUCUUUGAGGGUUACCAGUCCUGAUAUAAACACCAGUGCCGUCUGGGACGCAACAACAUAUACCCAAAUCCUCAACCUGGAUGCAGUGUGCAUCUCUAGGGCUCAUUCAACGGCUCUACAAACCCCGAUAAUCCGGGGGAACAGUUUGAUCAUAUCAAUGGCCUGGAAAUCGUGAAGCCACAUUCUAUAACUAAAUUGUCCAACAAGAUAUUCAAUAGAUCACAAGCGUUCUUAAAACCAGUAUGGUAUAUCGAGGCAAACCCUCCGCUGCCUGUGGUGAAUGUAGGAAGCGGAGAAACAGGUGUGAUCAAGCAAUACCAACUUGCGGUCAAUGCCGUAAAGCAAAACGCAACUGUCCGGGGUAUCGGAAUCAAGUAGAUCUAAUGUUUUUCGAUGAAAGCGAAGAGGUAGCCAAACGAAGUCAAUCAGGGACAGCAACACCGCCAGACCAUAAGGUUCAUGGUGCAGGGAGUAGUAGUAGCGACUUGGUCAUAUCUCCAACUACAGCGCCCACAAUCUUCCCGGCAAAUGUCCUCGAACAAACCGACGACUUAGGCCUCAAUUUCUUCAUGGCUAAUUAUGUUGGCUCCGAUUCUAUCAACUCCCAGUUCAUCUAUCUUCCUGAAUACUACGCACAAUCUGGUUAUAAGAAAUCCGAUCUUUGCAAUGGUAUACAGGCAGUGGGUCUAGUAGGCUAUGCAAGAGCAACUGGACGAUCUGAACUUGUCGAACCCGCGACCAGGAGGUACAUCACGGUCAUCAAGUCCGUCAACAAAGCCCUGUCUGAAGCGAACGCUGCUCAGAAUGACUCGCUUCUCCUCACAAUAUUAUUCCUUGCAAUGUUUGAAGUUAUGGUCCGGCCGCAUGGAAUUGGGCUACAAAAUGUAACAAAGCAUCUCAACGGAGCUUUAUCCAUGGCCUUGCUGCGUCUCAAAGAAGGCCAGCAAACUCCACUAGGGCGAAAAGUCUUCGGUUCCCUCUACCAAAGUCUAAUCAUGAAUUGUUGGAUUCAAAACAUACCCCUUCCAGCGGAUAUACCCACCAUCAAACGACAUAUGGAUCGAAACUCGAUGCACUCGGACUUUUUGGAAGUCGUUAUGAUGAUGAUGAGAUUUCGACAUGACCAGGAAACAGAGCAAAGAGAUGUCCCCAGCUCGGAAAUUGCGAAGGCUUUAGCGCUCGAUCAAAAGUUGAGGUCAUUCACACAGAGCAUGCCACGAGAAGGCCAGUACAAGACCAUCUCUAUGGAGAUUGAGAACCAACUAGUCUUCGACCGUAUUUAUCAUGUUUACCCCACGAACUUCACUGCCCAUCUCUGGAACAAUAUUCGUACAUCUCGAAUGCGUAUACACAUGGUGGUUGUAGCCCAGUCUCGCGUACUAUUGUCCUCGCCCGAGAGAUAUCAACAUACAUUCAUGGCAACACAACUCGAGGCAUCUGAGAACAUUGUGCGUUCUUUAGCACGAGACAUAUGUGCUACGGUGCCACAACUUGCUGGAUACAUUGAUGAUCUCCGCGGCUCAUCCUGUACACCCGAGAAUAAACUUGGGACAGAACUUGCCGGAACCACAUCAAGCGAGCGGGCAGCUGCCGGAUCAGCUGUCUCUAUCUCCGGGCCUCAAAUCUUAACUGAGUUGGCUCGAUCCGCACCGCCUAUUCCAACCUCCCCUAGGAGCACCGAUGAGAAUAAGAGACAAAGUUCCUCCAGUGUGUUGUUGAACCCCAAACCCGCCAGUCAAUGCCAACUACUUUAUCAACUCUGCACACUCAGCCAAAUAUCGCUCUUACCAAUUCAUCUGCGCCAUUGGGUCAACGAUCGUAUAGAGUAUGUGAAAAGUAAGGCUGAACCAGAAGAUUUGCAAUUGUUGGAACAAGCACUAGAAGAUAUGCCAUCGGCUGCGUUUCCCUUCUUUGUGAACAUCUGAUUAUGGGAUGAGUAAACCCCCUUUAACAACCGAAGUGGAGCACAAUCAGCAGCGCGGUAACUCGCUUCGGGAAGUUCGGCUUGACAGAUGAAUAAAAUAUCAGGCUUUGGAUUAGGAAAGAACGGUGCCGCAUUCAUAAACAGGAAUUCACACUUAGAGUUGUCAAAUGAUAUGUUAAGUUCACUUCCAAGUCUUGAGAAAAGCGCUUGGGGGAUUCGGAAUGCGAGGCGUAGCAGGAGCAUACAUACAUGAAGCGUUUCGGCAACGACAAAGAGAAUGAAAUGCAGAUAAA